AUGUUAAAAAAUAAAAACUCUUUUUCAGUAAAUAUAAAUAAUAUUAAAUAUAAUUCUAAUAAUAAAAUUGAUAAUCCAUAUUUAUAUGAAGGGGUAAAUGGAUAUGUAGUGUAUAUACAAAAUAUAUUAAUACAUAUUGUUUUUAAAAGUAAACAAAUUUACUUUGAUCCGGUUACAACAAUAGCCCAAAUUUUAUUUUAUUUUAUUAAUAAUAAUAUUUGUGAUUUUAAAGAUAUAAAUGAAAACAAUAUCCCAAAAAUUAUUAAAAAAAUCAAUCAUUAUAAAAAAUUUUAUAUUAUUACAGAUUGCUUCGCGGAUGGUACACCCAAAAACUUCUUUUGUAUGAAUAAUGAAGAGUUAUCAGAUAUAAAGAGCUUUGACCACGAUUUUGUAGCGGAAUACAAAAUACUAUCAACAAAUUAUAAUCAUCUAAAAGAUGGUUUUUUAAUUAAAAAUUUUAGUGGUUAUUUCGAAAUUCCAACUCCACCAUUGAAAAUUGAAGGAAAUGAAGAUCCGGAGUUUUCAAAUAUUAGCAUUAUUAAAAAAAAAGAACCGGAAUGUUCAAAUUAUAAUGAAAUAAAAACUCAAAUUUUGGAAAAUAUUGACAAAAGAUUUCAAAAAAAAAACAAAAAAAAUAAUAAUAUGAAUUGA